UGGCAACCUUUGUGCUCAGAACGAGGUAUUUUUUGGGGCUCUAGUUCAGGUCACACUGCAUACUUUCAUUCACAACAUUCCCAAAACUAAACUUGAAAAUUAGGCGCAAAGAGACAAUGUGGUUCGCUCGGGACGCCCGAAUUCAACUGAUUCCGUUGGAGAGUCCUCCAAAGACCUUAUGCUUCACCUUCCUGGCGACCAAAUUUGGCCAGAUGAUGAUGUGCGUCACUAAGCAUGCCACAGUGGAUUCGAAAGACAAUUUCGCAAUUUGCGUGCUCCAUUUUGUGGAUAAAAGCGUUGAGAAAACUUACGAGGAAGUUCGAAAGCGUUGGUCAAAGUCUGAGCUCCAGAAGGACGACGCAACCACCCAGUUGGUGGCCAAUAAAUUCUUCGGGAACGACAAGGAAAACUCGAAAGCCAUACCAAUCGCCAUCCUGGGCACGGAAUUCCAGUUGUCCGUGUGGCGGGCACUUGCGGAUCUGACGACUGGUGAAACCUGCACCUAUUCCCAACUGGCCGAGCGUAUGGGGCGUCCGUCAGCAAUCAGAGCUGUGGCCAAUGCCGUGGCCAAGAACGAAGUAGCCAUCCUCAUUCCUUGCCACCGCAUUGUGUCCCAGAACGGAGCAUCUAAGUACCACUGGGGUGCUGAUCUCAAGCAGCAACUCCUCGCUUUUGAAAAGUCAUCGAACUAUUAAAAAUUGUUACUUGUAUCUUUAUUGAAACUCA